ACUCGCUUCUAUGAUGUGAACCUCAUGAUGGACCUCGGAGUUUCCUUCACCAGUCCAACACCGGGCUGGCAUAUUUUCCCUCUCCAGCCUCAAGAUCAUGUCUGCGCAAGUAGGACGUAGCCCACUAUCCGCUGUAUUCUUGCUGCAUAUCGCUCUGGAGGCGCCGCUUGCCCUCCAGGCAUUCUGGUCCCCACAGAGCCUUCCCUUUAUGCAGAUGAACAACACCACGGUAGUCAUGUUGAAGCUAUAUACCGCAUUGGUCGCUGGGUCCUGCGUCACUGCAUUCCUUGCGUAUCCUUUACCAGAAUUUCUACCUGGAAAGCGCGCACUUGCAAUUGGGUUCUGCAUUUACCACAGCAUAGUGUCAACAAUCCUGUUUCAGACGCCAAGAUUCAUUCCUCACACCCUAGGUCCCUUCUUUGAGUCCGUGAAUCUUACGCCUGAGGUCUUGUGGGGUACAUUUCACGGUGUGCUGGGGCUUGCGAUGGUUAUAUGGUGGCAAGGAACGUUACAGUAUGCAGCAGUAGUGAGGGGAGCUGCGUAAAAAAAUUGUACACAGUGCAACAUUGGUGUAACAAGCACAAUUGGUCGUGUACUAUUUAGAAUUUCAGAG